GCUCCGAAACACACGUCAAAGGCAUAAAUAGAAACACGCAAAUUGCCAUCGUGGCAUUUUCCCCUAUAAAAUAUUGCCUGCCAAAUUACGCCAACGUGAUUUCAAAUCCCAGCGGUUCGAAACUCUCGCACUUUCCCUCCUAAACGAAUCGUUUUACCACCAAAGUCUUGAGAGAAAAAUGGAAACCGCGAAGGGGUUCAGAGGAAGAAUAGGCGGAGGGAGGAAGAAGGCAGUGUCAAAGUCAGCCCGGGCUGGGCUUCAAUUUCCGGUGGGUCGGAUCGGCCGUUUCAUGAAAGCUGGUCGCUACGCCGAUCGGAUCGGAACCGGGGCUCCGAUUUACAUGGCUGCUGUUCUUGAAUAUUUGGCUGCUGAGGUUCUGGAGUUGGCGGGGAAUGCGGCACGUGACAACAAGAAGACUCGGAUCAGCCCUCGGCACGUGCUAUUGGCAGUGAAAAACGACGAGGAGCUGGAGAAUCUUUUGAAAGGAGUGACCAUAGCCAGUGGCGGUGUGCUUCCGCAGAUAAACCCAGUUUUGCUUCCAAAGGAGACGACGUCGUCCAAAGCCUCUUCCAAGGCUCCCAAGCUCGUCAAUCCCACCACCAACAAAUCGUCUUUUUCUGCUGCUGUAGAAAAUGCUCCCGACUUUGGGAAUGAGGCAAACGACGCCGCCUCGGAUGUCGCGGACAAUGCGUCUCCCAAUUCACCACCCAAGGAGGAGGCCUCAAGCCCCUCUUCCGGUGUUUCUGCUGUAUCAGCAACUACAUAAAUGUCAUCUAUAGGAAUGAAAGGUUUUUUAGUCAGAGUAGUGCACAAAUGGAAACUGAUAGUGGGUUGGGUAUACCUAUAUCUGAAAGAAACUUCAAAUGGAAAGUUUCUAAUUUUGUGAAUGAAAUUUAAAUGCAAUCUUCUUAUGGUGAUCAAUUGAAAUUUGGAAUGCAAAUCCUCAUAUCAAAUGGAAAGAUUUCUUAUUUUGUGAAUGCAAUGGAAAUCCAAUCUUCAAAUCACAAAUGUGAGUUAGGGCACUUGGCCAAUAUAGUGUACUCACCCCACCGCAUCCGAAUUCGAACUCCUCUGUA